AUCUAUAGUGACACCCCCGGAUAGAGAGUCCAUGCCAUGGUGGCACGUCGAUCCCUAGUGUAGAACAUUCGGUUGGUGUACUUAGUUAUAGGAACAUACCGCUCGCGUGUUCCAGUCGCGUAAAGCUUCGCAAAUCCUACUCGCGUGGAUUUAUUUUUGAUUUAGGUAGUGGAUGAGCAUGUCGGAGAAAAACGUAAAUUGAACUCAAUAGGCGAAACCAUAUAGAGCUCUAAGGUCAUUUGAAUGAGGGGAAAACAAGUGAAACUUUCUGCCGUCGUCGUUGUGGCCAUUGGUGAAGUUUAUGCAGUUUGAAUAUAUCGCCACGUCCAACGCUGGCAAGUUCCGUGAUCCAAUAUCGAUUAAGUGUAGCGAAUUUGUCCUAAAAUAAAACAAAAUAUACAUUGAACAAACAAGGAAUAUCGGCGAACAGCGUUGUUGGGCCUAAUUGAUUGUAUAUUAUUGAUAAGGUUGCCGCACCGUAGUUAUUGGUGAUAAGGUCUAGUUUGUGUGUUUGUCAGCUGCCGCAAAUUGCCACCUCAAAAGUGCAACAGAGGUUACCUCUUUGUUUGAUUGAUAUAAACUGUGGCAACCAGCAAAUAGCAAACAUUAUGCCGACUCAUUAACCCAGACCACACUGCCAGCCCAAUCAAAAAGGAACCACGCUUGAUUUUCUAAAUCCCACAAGCCUAGAUGGUGUUGAGCAAAUCCGACGAACAGGUGUCGCCCCGUGUAGGAACCGUACAUCCUUGCAGUUUCCCACAAGAUGUCCUCGAAACCGGCAACACCGCUCGAACAGCGGCGCGCUUUUCCGGGCGAAAGCGACAACACCCGUAUCCCGGUGCUGUCACCGACCCCUUUCCGUCGCUCAUAUUCCUUGCGGAUGCGCACUAGCCGGAGCUUCCAUGACUACCAACAUUACCGCGAGUGCGAGUGUGGUAGUGGAAAUAUGCAUCAUCCAACGAAUUUGUCCGGUCCGUCGCCGUUGUCGUCCGUAAAAGUGAAAAAUUCCCUCGCAAAUGGGGGCAAAUCGAUCAGUCACCAUCAUCACCAUCAGCGGGCCGACACAGCGGAGCCUUUCGGCGGUAAGUCGGGCACCGGCAGCAAGGAUACGUCGCCAUCGGCUGGCUGUGGUGGCAGUGCUCUGCUACCCAAUGGCGUAAUCGGACACGUCCAUAAUGCACUCACCGCGACGUCACCGAACUCCGGGCAGCAAAGUUCGUCCUCGCAGUCGACCCGCAAGAAUAGUCUGCAGAAAAAUGACCGGGGAAUGUCUUUGAAUCUUGUCAACUCUGGGCACAGCGCCAGUUGUAACAAUAGCGCCCAGCGAUCACCCCGCAGACCGCACACCCCUUGUGAAUCGGCUACCACUCCGGGACACGGUCACGGACUGCACAAGAACAGUCUGAGCCCAAAGACGCCACCGGUUUCGCCGGAAUCGCCAGUUACCAGCUAUUUGGAUGACGAUUUGGACUCGUUGCACAGCUACAGUUCAGUGGCUAGCGGAAUGUCGUGCGACCAUCCGUACGUCGCUCGCAAUGGUACCACCUUUAGUGGACGCAAGAUGAAAUACGUAGUGCACUGCUCGAGCCACGCUGGUCAGACGGGUGAGGACUAUCUGACCCCGACCCAGAGGGCUCAGCGCCAGAUCAGACGACUGAAAGAGCUGCUCUCGCAGGCCCGCAUAGACCUAGAGCAACGUGAUAGUGAAAUCUUAAGACUUACCAAAGAGGUUGUUGAAUUGCGCCUGUUCAAGGCUUCGCUCAGUUCCCCGGAGGAACGAUCUAACUCCAGUGACGCAGUAACGGUACGGGAGAAUACUACCAAUGAUGCAAACACACCCAGCUCCCAAGGCAUUUCGCCGAUCGUGGAUCAAGCGGACGAAGUGGUUAAGGCUAGUCCUCGACAUCAUCUUCACAAUCACGGCAUCCACCAGGUACAGUUCAUGGAUAAGAUGUCCACUUCGGAAAUGCAAAGCUCGUUUGCUGAUUCAGGUCACUUUGAGGACAUCACCACUUCGUCAAUCCAUUCGAAGGAUUCUUACGUGCACACGCAGGAUCGUGCUUGCGGAAGCGACGACGAAAUUGAUGCCGAGAAGCAACGACUGGUUGAAAUGUAUGAAGCUCGCAUUGAAGAGUUAGUUAAGCAACACCAGGCAGAUGAACAACAAAUACGCAUGUCCAACAAUGAUCGCGUUGAGGCUCUGUUGCAGAAACUGGCCGAAUCCAACAGCAGAUAUUGUGAUCUGGUUCCUGACUACGAGCAGGCAAAGGAGCGCAUCCGGGAGCUUGAGAAGCAACUGGAAGAACUCCACUCGCAGCUCCAACAGCAGGAAGGCAAAGCCAACAAAAUAUAUCUGCACAUGUAUACCAAAGGUCAGGGAGCGGAAGGGCAACAAAACGCGGCUGCUGAUAUGGCACGCCCAUCACCAAGUCGAGUCUCGGUGCCGGAACUGAUGCAGCAACUCCAGGUCACCCAGGAGGAAUUGGAGAACAUUCGGGACACAAGCUAUCAGCCAGAGGGCGGAACCUCACAUGUUUUACUGAGCGCAAAAGAAGCAAUUUCGCUGUGGCUUUUGGGCGCCCGGAAGACCAUGUACAAGCGGCUGAUAGACGCCCAGCAGGUGAAGAACAAGGUUGAUCCGGAGGUGACGCUACAGUUCCUCAAGAGCGCCAUCUACUACUUCCUCACGGACAAGGAGAACUCACAGGGGCACCUGAAUGCGAUCGAAAGCAUUCUUGGAUUCUCGGACACAGAAAAAUCCAACAUCGACAAGGCGCGAGCUUACAAGUGAAAUGAUAAUGACAAAAAAUAUAAAGCAAAAAAAGUAUGCUAACUGUUAUUUAAAUAGAUAAAACAAUUUUAAAUGUUUGCAAUUGAUUACAACUUAUGAAAACAAAAAGUCAGUAAAACUCUAAUCGUGGGUAUAGAAUAUUUAUGAAAGCAGAAGCACAGCAAAAUAUAGGCCACAAGUUCCACACGUUGUGUAUUCUUAAGACAAAAAUGUGAUCGUUACUGACUUUUGUUGCUCUAUUUCUGUGAAGGUAUUUUCAAAUUAGUUCCUUUUUAAUAUUUAUUUAGCAUUACACCAAACUAAUAAUUUGCUGUAAAAUAAUUUCGACCGCUUUUAAAAUAUAUGUAACGCUUUCCUAUUCCUUUUUUUAAAAAUGAUCUUUUAAACAAUUGGUUCAUGGUUUAUAUUGACUUUCGGGGUCCUAUUUGCUGAAUCGCCUAUCAAGCCUCAACGAAAGUAUUAUAGAGUUUAAAACAGUUGUUGAAUGUGCACGCUUCUAAAAAUAAUUUGUAUAAAUAAAAACCACAACAAGUAGACAGACAUUCCAGAAUGAAAUUGAAAUAUGUUGACACAUGGUAACAAAUACCUAACAUUGCUUUAAAAUAGUUCGAUAGAUGGCAAACAGAUUCGUCCAUAAAAAAAAACAUUAGCUUUCAUAUAAAAAUUUCAAUUUCAAAAGCAAACAUUGACUUGAUAUUGAUGAUUAUCUGGAUAAUUGAUAAAUAGCUAGGCGCAUCACUUUACAAUAUUUCUGGACUUGAUUUAAAAAAAACAGCUUUAAACAAGUAUAGAAAAUUCAUAUUUUAUCAAAUCAGUUCAUUAGUUCUCUUUAUUCAUAAUAAGUUAAACUUACAAUAUUUCAAAUAGUGCCUAUUUUCAGAGAUAAAAAAAAUCAAAACUUGAGAAUUACUGUCAACACUUUCAUCAACUAAAUUAAACACUAUCCAAAGAGUUUGAUUAAUUGUUCCAAAUAAGCAAAACUAGAUUAAAAUAAAGACGCAAAGUAGCGCUGGCUAAUCGUAUACAAAAACAGGAACGCAAUCGAUGCGAAGGACAGCUGAAGAAUCGCGGUUGUGCAGUACAGUUGAAAUUUUGGAAAAACUUUCCACUGGUUGUAAUACACAUUCAGUACAUACGUGUUAAUUAGUGCGAGUGCUUUCCCUAAUAUCCAUCUGUACUGACCAAUAGUGAGUAUGUUGAAUACUGGACUGAGUGCAAAGCAAAUACACAUGAUGUAGAUUGUUAUUAUCGGAAAUUAUGCAAUGUGGAUUUCAUAUGGGAAUAUUGCGUUCAAAUACCGAAAUACCCACAUCACUGUACACCACGAUAGGACAAUGAAAAAUAUAAAUUCGAACUAAAA